AUGGCGGACAUGAACCGCCGCAAGGGGGGCGUGCGCUCGCAGCAGAGCUACAUGCAGGCGACGUCCCAGCAACAUAAGGUGCCAGGCUUCCAUCCCAACCGUGGCGGAGGAUACCGCAGCGCCACUGCUGCACGUCCUGGAGCCCAGAAACCCUCCACGACUGGAGCUAAAAUGGGCAUCAAGAGCGGCAUGACGGUGGAAGAUCUCAAGCGACUCACACAGAAGAGAAUGCAGCAGUCCAAUCCAGCCACACCGACGGCCUCAGCGAGCGAGGGAUUCUCGUCCGCUAGACCAGCUACACCCAAGAUCAACAUGGCAGUGGUAAACGCCACCUCCACGCCCGCAGCGGCAGCUACCCCACCAGUUGUUCCCAAGACUGGCAUGUCAGUUCAGGAGCUCAAGCAGCUCACAGCGCUUCGUGUUGCGUCUCAGAGCGUCCCAGUACAUGCAAGCGAAGUGACGGGACUAGUGAGUAAGGCGGUGCUGAACAACGCAGCCAAGUCGCACUACCGUGACAAUCUACGCACCUCGCUCACACCAGGUAGUACACCCAAGCGCUCUCACCACACACGUAGCAGUAGCAGCACUCAGUUUGGCAGUGCGCAGUACAGUGGCUUUGGAAACGAUCUGAGUCGCAGUCACGGACCCAGCGAUCUGAGUCGCAGUCAUGGACCGUUAAACUCUGAAUCAGGCGACGUGUCAGUGCGUGGACAUCGCAGUCGCUCACGAAGCUCGCAACUCCCCAACGUUGACUCGUCUGUGAACGAUAUGCCCAUGCGCUACUCGUACACGAGUGGCCAGACACCGGAAGAUUAUUUCUCUGCUUACGACUUUGGAGGAGGCAACUCCACGUCGUCUCAGGAGACCGAUCCUGGACGUGGCAGUCUUGACGAUGGCGCCAGCUCCAGUCGCAACUCAUUGCUACAAUUCUCGGAAGAUUCGUUCCCUCCCCCGCCUCCAAUGGACGAGAGUGGCGGCUUUGUUUCUACUGCGUUGCCGUCCUGGUCUCCACCGCCGACUAGGAGCAAGAAACUCAACGCUUCAGCGAGUAGUGGCGCUACGUUUUACAAUCAGCAGACUUCAUAUUAUAAUAUCGCGUCCAAGGACGAGCCAGCCACGACAAGUGAGGUUGGAGCUGGUACCAGUCCAGCGCAGGACCAGAAUUCCGUACUGGCGCCGCCUCCUGGACUCACACGAAGGCCGUCGAUGACGGUGCCGUGGCAAGUGGCUGAAGCUGUGCUGAACACGCCGCAGACGAAUACUGGACGGAAGAAACUGGUGGAUCCAGAUGCUGACACCAGUUCAGGUGGACUAAACUCGUCUGCUGCUGAAGCUGCGGCCCAAUUAAUGGGACUUUCGCUACAGUCGUCUUCGCGUGGUCGUAAUUCCGGCAUCCCACCUCCUCCUCCGCCGUCUGCGGGCAUGCUGUCGAGUUCGCCGUCCACUUCUGGCGGCAUUCCGCUACCUGGAGGUGCCAACGCCGCACGACGUGGCAGUUUCGGUAAUGCUGCGGAGUUCUUCAAGUUCCGGCGACGUAGUAAAAGCCGUCUUGAACUCGCGCGUGAUUUGUCUUUUGGCGACAAUGGAGAGCUGGCUGGAUAUCCUAGUUAUGGUACAGCUGGAGCCAUGCCGGGUAUCGCUGAGCGUCACGGUGAUGCUGAAGACGAGAUCCACGAGGAUUCUGCCUCCGACGCGAGCGUCUCAACGUCUGCGAACGAUGAAUCCAGCUCGCAGGACUACACAGAUGAGGACGUUAUUCAAGUGACUGGCGGCUAUGACGAUAAGGCAGAAAUCUCGGGCAGUUUUGUGUCAUUUUACAAUGCUUCGCGACAGCAACAGAGCGGGCUUUCAACGCUGGCGAUUCCUCCGCCGCCGCCUCCACCUCCCAUGACUGAUGACGAUGAUGAUGCGUCGACUUCGUCGUCAACGAAGGCCAAUGGGCUGCCCAUGAUGUCUCCGAACGGUGCGCGACUUCGUAAGGUGGCGGAAUUGGCUCGACGCGGUAGUUUAAGCAGCGAAGACAAGACUCGGGCCAAGGAUGAAAUUAUUCAGAGCUCGUUGGGGAUCGGCGCGAACAAUGCUGCGCGUCUAUUAGCUACCAAGAAAGAAGAUCGAGGAGACCGUGUGCCAGCCACAGCUCCGUCCGUGACAGCACCUCCUGGAUUCCCUGGGAUGCCACGCUCGACACCCAAGGCCUCGACCAAGAAGAUGCUCGCACCUGGAUCUGGGAUCGUGCGGAGCUCCGCGACACCAUUUGGCACUUCUUCUGGUGCGACUCUCGUUGCCAGCAACGUGUCUCCAGGAUCGUCGAAUGCUUCACAGCCUCGAAGCAACAAUACAUUGGAGGAGCGUCUAGCUGCUGCAGCACAGAGAGUGGCUGAGUGUGUUGGAAAGGGAGAUAUGACAGGGUUCCAGCAAGCUAUGGACGAGUUAGACUGGCUUCGCAAUGAAGCCAGCAAACUUAUGCGCGGUUGAGUGAUGCUUAACGUGGAGUGUGAGGUGCGUGAAACAAGCGUUUAAGUAGAGAAAAACAAUCGAACGGUGUAGAUAUCGAGAGGUAAAACAGCUUUUUAGUCCUCGAUAGACAGCAGGUCUCUAGCCCCCCCCCCCUCAACAUAAACAAAGA